GUCAUCGCAGAAGACGCGGGGGGGACAGUAGAAACUGUAGGGCGGGUCUUAGAGGGCGUUAUUAACAAGAAUAACACUAGCACCGCCCGUCCGGGCUGCCAGCGCCACCGCGGCUACUGUUACUACCUCUCCCACUCGCGUGACUCCACAAGCGGGCGUCACGCACCUUAUCCGGUUAAUUUACAUACUAACACCGCCCAGGGGGACGAACAUGGUAAUUUACCGUCGGCUGAGAGCUAGUCGUACGAAGGAGGGGAGAGAAGAACAGCUGAAACAAAGUUUAAACGACAGAGGUUUGUUGUAAACCGAGCGGGGUGUUUCGACACGCACACACAGGCGCUCGUCGGGCUCUUUGCCCCACUUUUGGAUUACGAUAUGGACGCUUUGAAAUCCGCCGGAAGGGCAAUUAUACGGAGCCCCAGCAUCGCCAAACAGUCCUGGGGUGCGGGCAGACAUAAAAAGCUGCCGGAGAACUGGACGGACACGAGAGAGACCCUACUGGAGGGCAUGACGUUCCAGCUCAAGUAUCUGGGAGUCACGAUGGUCGAGCAGCCCAAAGGAGAGGAGCUCUCAGCAGCAGCUGUCAAGAGGAUAGUGGCAACGGCCAAAGCCAGUGGAAAAAAGCUCCAGAAAGUCUCGUUAACGGUCUCCCCUCGUGGAAUCAUCCUGCGUGACAGUGCCUCAAACCAGCUGAUAGAAAACGUCUCCAUAUACAGAAUAUCAUAUUGCACUGCGGACAAAAUGCACGACAAAGUGUUUGCCUACAUCGUCCAGAGCCAGCACAACGAGACCCUCGAGUGUCACGCCUUCCUCUGCGCUAAGAGGAAAAUGGCCCAGGCGGUAACUCUAACGGUGGCUCAGGCGUUCAAAGUGGCGUUUGAAUUCUGGCAGGCUGCCAAAGAAGAGAAAGAGAAACGAGUAAAGUCGAGUUCAGACGGGGAAGGAGCCAGCAGCUCUCAGUCGGACAGCUCGGCCAGCCAGGGCAGCCUGAAGGGAGGAGAGGUCGCUACGGGGAAACUUCUGGAUUUGGCUGAGGGAGCGAACGCGGCGCUGAUCCACUCAGGAACAAAGCAGACCCAGUCGGAUCCCUUUACGGUGCAUAAUCACGCAACAGAGAACAACAAUACUGUAUGGGAGUUGGAGGACGGUCUGGACGAGGCUUUCUCAAGGAACUUGAAUAUGAAGCACAGGAAACACGAGGUCUUCAGGUUCAAGGUUGACCGGGAAGUCCGUUGUCUCUGCUUAACGUCUGUCUGUACCAUCAACAAACUGGUCAGAGUGGAGCUGGAGGCCGCUGUGACUGAUGCUUCAAUUUGGGCUCCAUCGGCAGGCCUCUCUGAUAAGCGGCGGUGGUCUGCUGUCAAGUUUGCACUCUGCAAAUGUUUACAGCUUUUCAUUUUACUGCCAUAAAGACUCGUUCAGCCUUUUACGACUGCGUUUAUUUCCUUUGGCUCUGCUUUUCAUUCCCUCUUAAUUCUGCAGCGGGCCUCACAUUCUCUCACUUUUCAUUUAGUGGCGGGCGAAUGGGCGGCUCAGUCUCUGUAAUCAAGCACUAAGAGGCCAUUUUAGCCCCGUUAUCAGAUGAUUAUUUGUCUGCGCACACUGUAAUUACACCCUAACGCCAUUAGCCGCCCUCUCUGUGAUUAACGAGGAUGCUCCCAGCAUCAGCAGAGAUGCAUCCGCUAACUGGAAGUUCGGGUUCCCCGAGGGAAAGGUCGACUUCUUUGUCUGUCAGGAGGAGCCGAUUGUGCUGGUUGAUGUGGGGUCAGAGCGAGAGAAGGAAAAAAUUAGAGGCAAUUUGAAUCUGUGAAUGAGGAUGUCACUGAGUAAUGAAGUUAUUUACGGUUUACAGUUUAGCACGAGGAGUGAAAUAAGCUCCAGAUUAAUGGAUUGUUUACAGCACAGUAAAUGUGACUUUUUAAUCACUGCUCUGUCUGAUUAAGAAACAGCUCGGUAUCAUUUCAGAUUAAAGAAGCAGCAGCAGAGAUUAGUGGUCAGAGGGUCUGUAAUGUGGAUUAGUCGCAGUAUUACCUGGUAAACGUUUUUAAUUUAAAAAAAAAAGAAAAGCAUCUUUGAGUUCUUCCCCUUUGUUCACUGUAAAUGAGUUUUAACUUCAUGCCAAAUCUCAGAGGAUAAGUGAAGUUUUUCUGCAUUUUAAAGACAUUUUGCUGUCUUAAAUGUCUGUCUUUAAGAAAUGCAUUGGAACCUAUCUGUUAUUUAAUGGUUUAUCUUUUACUUGCUUUAGAUGGCCAUAGGUGAUGUCAGUAAGAAGGGUGUAAAGCUGACAGAAGUACAGCUAUAAGUGCUAAAUUUAUGCCCUCCAGUUUGCUGGAUUGUUCCCUCAAAGGGCCGGGUUUGAUCCCCAGAAUGAGCCAAAGUACACAGUGUUGUGAAACUGCAGGAUGUUUCACAGUACAUGAAGUAACAAGCAAUACUUGAACUUUUUGUUUUAUUUCUUUUUUCUCAUGCUCCUAAAUAAUCGUGUUCAGCUCAGAAACUUGCUCACUCUUAAAGUGAGAGCAUGCAUUCAAACUUGGUAACAUUUCCCACAGUGAUGGUUUUUAAAAGGAGCGCACGUCUGAAACAGUCUCAGAGUUCUACUGAAGGGACGCAGCACCCCUCGUUGUUGUUUGAGGACAGUGAUCUUUUAAACCGAUCGAGGCCGUUACGUGGCUUUCACUUAUGUUUCAUGUCUCUGUAUUGUCAGCCUCCCAUCAGCACAGCAGUGUUUCCUGCUAGGCUGAAGGUGAGCUCGGUGGAUCCAAACAAAGCUGCCAAGAUGCCCACACACAGAGAAACAGAGUCAUGACAA